AUGAAGAAGUUUUUCAUGCUAUUAAGUGUAAUUAUUACCAUUCCUGACAUCGCUGUUUUGAAAGAGGCAGCCAUCCCGCCAUUUCAAGAUCAAUGUGUAAAGUGGCAUAAUAUCUACCGAGAAAAACAUCAGGUCGACCCUGUGACUUGGGAUGACACUCUUGCCAAUGGAGCUCAAAUUUGGGCAAAUUAUUUAGCACAAAAUAAUUUGUUUAAACAUGCGUCUGGAAUUCAGCCAGGAGAAAAUCUAUACCUGUCCGGUUCUCCUCUGCCAGAGGAGCCCUGUACUGAGGCAACACAGCUGUUCUACGGGGAAAUUAAAGAUUAUGAUUUUGACAAGCCUGGAUUUUCAAUGAGUACUGGGCACUUUACUCAGGUUGUCUGGAAGAAAACUAAAAAGAUUGGAGCGGCACAGCAAACCAGAAAAGAUGGAAGGCUUGUGGUUGUGAUUCGUUAUUCUCCCGCUGGGAACUAUGUUACAGAGAAAGCUUUCAGGGAAAAUGUUUUACCCGCCCGAUCAGGACACGGAGUUAGUCACACGCUUUCUUCGUCAGCUCUCACUGCCUUCGUUGUUGCAUGCGGGGCUGUUUUGAAUUUUGUCUUUUGAUGU